GCAUGUGUUUCUGAGGGUAUAAGUAUGACAUGAAUCUUCUGGUGAUAAGUGUAUCCUUCCUUUCUUUUUCUUGACUUUUAGUUCAAUUUCCGAACAGGGAGUUUGUGUUUCACUUUAGUGUCUCGGAAUUAUCAGUACCAAUAUUUUUUUCUUCUUCUUCUGCCUCGAAAGCGGAAGAAGCUUCAAUUUCCGUGCUCGAGAGAUUUCUAUAUCUGACUCUCUUCCCAUCCCAUCGUAUCCCAUCCUAUUCAAUCUCAUACUAUCCUAACCACCCUCUCCCUCCCCUCUCUCAUCUCAAAAUGAGACCCAUCAUCUUCCUCCAGCACCUCCUCCUCAUCUCCCUCAAUCUAUCCCCCAUCACCGCCCUCUCGGCCGCAAGCUGGCGCGCACAAUCUAUCUACCAAGUCAUCACAGAUCGGUUUGCCCACACAGAUGGAUCGACAACAGCGUCGUGUAAUGUGAACGAGUAUUGUGGAGGCACGUGGAAGGGAAUCGUGGCAAAGUUGGAUUAUAUUCAGAGCAUGGGGUUUACGGCAAUUUGGAUUUCCCCAAUUGUGCAAAAUAUUGCGGGAGACAGUGUGGACGGCUCAAGUUACCAUGGCUACUGGGCUCAGAAUAUCUACCAAGUAAACCCCAAUUUCGGUACUGCGGCGGAUCUUAAAGCAUUAUCUGCAGCGUUACAUGCUAGAGGUAUGUAUUUGAUGGUUGAUGUUGUGACAAAUCACAUGGCAUAUUUGGGCAGUGGAUCGAGUGUGGAUUACAGCAUUUAUACACCUUUUAAUUCCAAAUCAUACUACCAUCCCUUCUGUCUCAUUGACUAUAACAAUGCCACAUCAAUUAAAGUCUGCUGGGAAGGCGAUAACAUCGUCUCACUCCCCGAUUUGCGCACUGAAGAUUCAAAUGUACAGGCAGAGUGGAAUACGUGGAUUGGACAGUUGGUGGCGAAUUAUUCGAUUGAUGGGCUGAGAGUUGAUAGUGCUCAACAGACGGGCGUGGGAUUUUUCCCGAGUUUUCAAAAUGCUGCGGGUGUAUAUGUUGUUGGAGAAAUUUUUAACGGUGAUCCGACAUAUGUGUGUCCGUACCAAAAUUAUAUGAAUGGAGUUCUGAAUUAUCCUGCCUACUACUGGAUAACCCAAGCCUUCCAAUCCACAAGCGGUAGCAUUUCCAAUCUCGCAAACGGAAUCAACACCAUGAAAUCCACCUGUUCGGAUACCACGCUCCUCGGUUCCUUUAUAGAAAAUCACGACGUAGCGCGCUUUCCCUCUUUGACAUCUGAUGCCUCGCUUGCGAAAAAUGCUAUUGCUUUUACGAUCUUGGCGGAUGGAGUUCCUAUCAUAUACCAAGGCCAAGAACAACAUCUAUCCGGAAACAGCGUACCCAAUAACCGCGAGGCCCUCUGGCUCAACUCCAAUUCAUAUUCCCAAACCGGAGUAUACUACAAACUCAUCGCCUCCGUAAACCAAAUCCGCAAUCAGGCAAUCUAUGUAGAUCCUACUUAUCUCACUUAUAAAGCGUAUCCAGUCUAUAGCGAUUCGCAUACGAUUGUUAUGAGAAAGGGAUUUACGGGAAAACAAAUUAUUGCUGUGUUUAGUAAUUUGGGGGCUUCGGGGAGUGCAUACACCCUCACCCUAUCAAGUUCCCAAACGGGAUUUACGACAAAUCUGCAGGUAACAGAGAUCCUAACUUGUGGGUCGUAUACGACGGAUGGGAGUGGAAAUUUGGCGGUUGCGAUGGCGGGAGGUGCGCCGAGAAUUUUUUACCCAAGGGCUGCGUUGGUGGGGAGUGGGGUUUGUGGGUUGUAGAGAGGAGGUUGGAGGGGAAAGAAAGAUGGGGAUGAAGGCGGAAAGGGAAAGGAGAGAAGAUUAGCGAUCUUUGGAAUCGGAAAAGGAAGUGUAGAUUUGUUUUCUUGAGAUUUCUUUUUUGGAGGAGGUGGUUGUGGAUAUAUAUACGUCUAACUCUGUGAAUCAUACAUACACUAUACACACGAUUGAUGGCACAUGUGAUUCAAAGGACAUAGCUUCGGUGGAUAUAGAAGAGUUAGAAAACUCGUGAUAGUGAGUUGUCAAUUUGAAUUGAGUGAAGAGCGUGCUCUUCUAAAAGCUAUAUA